UCCUCCUCCUCCUCCCUCUCUCUCUCUCUCUCUCUUCUCGAAGCGCCUCCACCGAUCUCGAAUUCUCUCGAUCCAGGCAAGGAGGGAGGAGGAUGGCGAGGGGCGAGAACAACACCGGCGCGCACGGCAGCGGCAACGUGCCUCCUCCCGCCACCGCCGCGUCCACGGCGGCGGGGACGGCGGCCGCGUCCGGGAAGCAGCAGGCGCGGGGGGCGGGGGCGGAGGGGCAGUCGGUGGUGCGGCGGCUGCAGUCGGAGCUGAUGGCGCUGAUGAUGGGCGGCGACCCGGGCGUGUCCGCGUUCCCGGAGGGGGACAACAUCUUCAGCUGGGUGGGCACCAUCGCCGGGUCCGCCGCGACGGCGUACGAGGGCACCUCCUACCGCCUCUCCCUCGCCUUCCCCGGCGAGUACCCGUACAAGCCGCCCAAGGUGAGGUUCGAAACCCCCUGCUUCCACCCAAACGUGGACGCCCACGGCAACAUCUGCCUCGACAUCCUCCAGGACAAGUGGUCCUCCGCCUACGACGUCCGCACCAUCCUCCUCUCCAUCCAGAGCCUCCUCGGCGAGCCCAACAACGACUCCCCCCUCAACACCCAGGCCGCCGCCCUCUGGCCUAACCAGGACGAGUUCAGGAAGAUGGUCGAGAAGCUCUACAAGCCCACCGCGUAGAAGUUGGUGGCGCCUUCGCCCGGCGAUCUGAUCUGGCCUUCUCACCUUGAAUCGAUGAUGAUUCGAAUGCGAUUGUUGUGCGAGUCGGAUUGGAACUGUUCGAUCUGUAAUUUUUUUUUGUUGGUUGUUUGAAUGAUUCAUUUGUUUCGAUGUAAGAGUGCUUGCCGUCGACAAGAUGUGGUCAUACUGGAAUUUAUAUAUGAGAAACAAAUUCAAACGGAUUAAUGUUUUUCUUCAAAAAAUUUAAAUUA